AUCUUCAUAAACCUGCCUCGUUGCAUCCGCUAUUUGAUCAACCAAUGGCCUCCUCUGGAGAACAAUUAUUAAUAUUAAUAUAAAUGCAAAUAUCUGGUAGCGCACCGCUUGUGUUUAUUUGUGUAGUUGUUCAUUUUUUAAAUUUAAGCCAUCCAUGUUUUAUCGGAUGGUUCAGAUAACGUGGAGAAUCUAGGAGCGUUCCAUUAUUUUAUUUGUGAAUGGGUUUUUUGGGGGGGGAGAAUAGCAUUUUGUAACGUCGCAAUGAACUGCACCAUGGAUUUCAAUCAGAAUUCUUAAAGGGUAGCCCAUAGUGGCAAUUUAAUCGGUGAACAAAUAGAAACGCUGUGCAUGUAAACAAGAGCCAGCAAUCUUCUAACAUCCGCCCAUUUCGAUAUUCUAUCUUUCAGUAUUUCUCGACACAUCUGGAAAAAAGUGUAUUAAUUUGACCGUUCUUCCAGGAAGACGGCAAUGUCAUCGUCAACAUCCCGGCGUGGUUUUGUUGUUGUCUGAUUUUACUACUGGAUAUUGGCACUUACCCCUGCGCCAAGCCAUACCUCCGUUGUUUUACAAGGUGAUUGAAGUGUGGCUUGCAGUGACAUCCAUCCCCUUCUCCCUAUUGGCCUUCUAUACCAUGAGCUCUGGCUCCGCCCAGGAUGUGGCGGUGGAGCAUUUCUUGCGUGACAUAGAGAGGCGGGGCAAGCGGCUACAUUGUGCUGUGAUUGGUUGUGAGGAGCAGCGUCCCCGCGGCGACAUGAACCUGCUGUAUCGUAAGAGCCGGCUGGACUGGAGGCACAAGGACCAGGAUGGCAAUAAGAAGAGCUCCAGCCAGAAGGACUCCUCCUCAGCCACGGUGGGCAAGGUCCGUGACUUGGCAUCCUUCCGGCGCCACUUCCGCAUGGGCUUCAUGACCAUGCCUGCCUCCCAGGACCUGUCCCCUCACUCCUGUGCCUCUGCCAUGGCUCCCCGCUCCCAGUCCUGCCACGCCGUGGGCGCUGGAGACACAGGUCUGGAGAAUGGGGAAGAUUACUCUGACACCCAGUCACAGCACGGCGGGCGCUGCCCCCCUGCUAAACCCAAACGCCAUCCCAGCACCCGUCUCAGCUCCUCCUCGGAUCCCAGAGCACCUCAUGCCCCACCGGACGCCCCUCCGCCACCCCCUCCCACUCACCCGCAGGCCAAACACUCAGAGAAGAAGAACGCCAUGAAGAAGUCUGACUCAGGGGACAUGUCCAAAAAGGUGCCGCCUUUGAAACCCAAACGAAGCCCCAGUACUCAGCUCUCGUUUGAGCCCCCAACUCCCUGUGUGCCCCCUCUUACCACGCCCAUCCAGGGGGGUGAGGGUCAGCCUCAGGGGGACGAUGAGCCCGUCUACAUAGAGAUGGUGGGCCAAGUGUUCACCAGGGAGAGCCAGACUGCCACUCCUCACCCUGUCACGCCAGUAGCCACCACGCCUGAUUCAGACUCAGACCAGAGUGAGGCCAUCUAUGAGGAGAUGAAGUACCCACUGCCAGAGGACAGAGAGGGACACAAACGCCUCCCUCUCAAACACGAGAGACUCAAAUCCUACAAACACCACCACUCCUCCUCUGGCACGUCCGCCCAUCUACCUCGCCCCUCCUCCUCCCCCUCCUGCUCCAAACCUAAAGCCACAGUGUCCAUCUCCCACUCCUCGCCCCUCCCCUCCUCCACCUCCUCCACCCCUGUCCCCCAGCCCCUCUCCUCCAGCCCGCACCCCCCACGAGCCCCUACGCCCUACCUCCUCCAGGGAAACAAAUCAGAGACAGAGUCCAACAGUAAGAUCCCAGCCCCCUUCCCCAACCUGCUGCAGCACCGACCCCCGCUGCUCGCCUUCCCCCAGCCUGCUGCUGCCUCCAGUGGGGUCGGGGUCCAACACAAGGCUGCUUCUGCCAAACUGGGGACCAUCAGCAUUCAGACCUCCUCCAGUAUGACAGCUCCAUCUAGCACCUCCUCCUCCUCCACCACCCCCUCCUCUAACCUCCCUGUGCCCCUGUCAGGCUCUAAGGAGUCUAAGGACAGAGACAGAGACAGCCAGCUCGGCCCUGCACCAGGGCUAAGGGCCAGGAGCCACUCCACACCCCUGCCCCCUUCCUCUAAGUCCACCUCCCCCUAUUCCCACCACCACCACCACCAUCCCCACCCUCACCACCGCCCCUCACACUACCACCACUACCGCAAGCCAGAAAGAGGAGACUCGCCCAACCCCAACACCAACAACAAGAAUGGUUCGGAGACCUUCUCCAAGUCCAUUGCCCAGACCCAGACCCAGGGCUCGGGCAAGGAGGGAAAGUCUGUGAGCUUCUGCUUGAAGUUAGACAAAGCAGAGAAGGACAGGGACAGAGAGAGGGAUAAGGACAGAGAGAGGGACAGAGAUGGUCACAGGGACAGUCACAGAGACAGAGACAGGGACAGUGACAGAGAGCGACACAGGGAGAGAGACAGAGAAGCAGGGUUCCACUUUACCUCCUCUCAGGCUGAGAACACCACAAACAACCUUUCAUCCCAGACCAGUGCCAGUUCAGCCACAACCUCGUCCUCCUCAUCUUCCUCCCACUCUCGCCCUCACUCUCGCUCCCAACUCCACCGCUACCACACCCCCCACGGCCUACCCGCCUACAAGCCCCCCUCCUCAGACAGCCCCCUGCUCUGGACCUACCCCUCGGUGGGCUUCCGGAGACCCCCGGCGUACGACAGCCUGCGAGGAGGGUCUCAUCUGCCCUCCUUGCACCACCAGGGUCACGGUGAUGUGGCCUCUAAAAGCAGCACGGUGCCUGGGCCCGUCCAGGGGAAGGCUGGGUUCAUGCCCUGGGACAACAGUGGCUUUGGAGACGACGGGUCUUACUUGCCCAUGCAGAGGAAACUGUCCUUCAGCCAAGGCAGCAGAGAGACAGAGAGAGAGAAGGAUGAAGGGCGGGCGUGGAAUGGCAGUGCAGAUGCCCUCCUGAGGAUAGACAAGGAGGACCUGGGCCCUGGUCGUCGAGGAGGAGGAGGCCACUCUGGGAUCCCAGUACGCUUCACUGGAGGGAGGGGGCUGGGCCACAGUGAGUCCCUGGCUGGGAUGGAGGCGGGGUCCUUGGGGUUCCGAGCCCUGCCUAGAGGGGGUCUCCCCCUCCCGUGCCAAACCUUUCCAGCCUGCCGCAAUGGAGAACUGGGUCGAUUGAGCCGCUCAUCAUCCACCUCUGGGGUGAGACAGGUGGGUGGAAGCGACGUUCAACGGCAGAGCAGCCUGCCCCAUCGAGAGGUACUGAAUCAGUUGCAUGGGCUGUCCCAAUCCUCCCAAACGCCCUGCAGUCCUAUCCUGUCCAGACAGCAGCAGCAGCUCCAGCUCCAUCAGCAGCAGGUGCAGUUACAGCAACAGCUCCAGCAGCUGCAGCAGCAGCACCACCUCCAGCUGCAGUUCCAACACCUGGCCCAGCUGGCCCAGGGACAGCCUCCCACCACCGGGGGCGCUGCCACGUCCGCAGCCCAAACCCAGAGGGAUGGCAAGCUGCUGGAGGUCAUUGAGAGGAAGCGCUGCCUAUGCAAAGAGAUCAAGGCCCACCGCCGCCCAGAAAAGAACCUGUGUAAGCAGGACAGCAUGCCCAUCCUGCCCAGCUGGAGACGGACCCCUGAGCCCCGGAAGACGGGCACACCCCCCUGUCAGAGGCCCCAGGCUGUGGUGUGGGACACAGCCAUCUGAGUGGAGGGUUGUUGGGGCAGCGGAGGUACAGUAGAAAAACAGGGGCAAGUAAAUAAGUACUAUUGGGUACGAUUGUGGUGAGAAUCAAGAAGUUUACACAUGGAGAGAGAUGGUGACAAUAUCUUUCUUCAAAGGGAAAGAGGAUGGAGGACUAUUUCCUCUCUUAGGAGUGACAGUGUGAUUACCACCGACCUCCACAGAAGGGUGAAAAUAUACAUGAGAGUAAGAUGAGAGUUUUGUGCUCUCACAUAGUAAAAUAAACUUUAUUUGGAGCUGAUACAAGGUGUACCACGUUAAGGAGAUUUUUUGAGGUGUGUGGGCCAGAGAGAUAAUGAACUGAAACAUAAAUCGUUAUUUUGCCAAGAGUGAUCAACUCUACUUUGUAGAGAUAUACAAAGAUUGGGAAGAUUCAGUUGAGGGAUAUACCAAUCCAAUUUGAAACCAAGAAGAGAUAUAUGUACAAUCUUUCAGUACAGUGUGAUUUCUUACACUUUAAUUUUAGUAUUGUACAAGCCCUUCCUUGACUCUUUAUUCAUUUCUUAAACGCCAGUCAACUCAGACUUUGUUGAAUCAAAAAAAGGGGAGAAUUUAACCUAUAAGAGCAAUGCUGGUUUAAAUAAUUAGGCCUAAUUUCCCCUAAUUUAACUGCAGUUUACAUUAAUUUUCUCUCCCUCCACUGUCACAAAUGGCUGUUGGUAGGGAGAGUUUGAAUGAGACUUCAGGUUGAUCCUCAGCAAGACACAUCUUAUACAAACUUAUGUUCAAGCACACGGACACAGACACUUUAAACACACACACACACAUAGUAUUGUACAGCUAACCUUGUGGGGACACACAAUUUAGUCACAUUCAAAAUCCUAUCCUAACCCUAAUCUUACACUUACCCUAACUCUAACCCCAACCCUAACUCCUAACCAAAACCCUCAAAUUAACCCAAGCUCCUAACCUUAAUCCUUAACAUAAUUCUACCCUAACACUAAUUCUAACCUUAACCCUAAACCCCCUAGAAAUAGCAUUUGACCUCACGGGGACUAACAAAAUGUCCCCAGUUGGUCAAAUUUCUGUUUUUCUACUAUUCUUAUGGGGACUUCUGGUCCCAUUUUACACACACACACACACACACACACACACACACACACACACACACACACACACACACACACACACACACACACACACUUACAGUUGAAGUUGGAAGUUUACAUACACUUAGGUUGGAAUCAUUAAAACUUUUUUUGCAACCACUCUGAAACGUUUCACUCAAAUUAAACUAUUUAAAGGCAAUGUUACCAAAUUUGAAUUGAGUGUAUGUAAACUUCUGACCCACUGGGAAUGUGAUGAAAGAAAUAAAAGUUGAAAGAAAUAAUUCUGUCUACUAUUAUUCUGACAUUUCACAUUCUUAAAAUAAAGUGGUGAUCCUAACUGACCUAAGACAGGGAAGUUUCACUAGGAUUACAUGUCAGGAAUUGUGAAAAACAGAGUUUAAAUGUAUUUGCUAAGGUGUAUGUAAACUUCCGACUUCAACUGUAUACACUAGCCUUUGAUAAAAAGGAGAAAGGAUUGUUAUUAUUAAAGAAACAUUGAAACAUGUUGAAUGCAUAUGAGAUGGUUUGGUUUGCCUUGUGGUCUGGGUAUCAGUUGUUUGUUAUUGUGGAGAUGUAGUGGGGGAAAAUACUACCUAACGGUUUGCAUUUUUGUAAUGUAAAUAUACAGACUUUCUCAGCAUUCCUGCAAUUUUACAGCAAUAUGUUCCCAAUGUGAGCGUAACAUUAAUAUUAAAACGUGUCAGCCGGCCAAAACAUAUCUCGGACAUGAACUCCAAGUCAUAGUUAACAUGUCAUGCAUGUCAUUGAACAGACAUAAAGUACUGUAUAAAACCAUAUCAAUGAAUCGUGUGGUUAUCGUGUGGAUAUGGUCAUGUGAGAUUGUCCGAUUUUUCACAUAGAUCUCGAAGAUGCCAUUAUAUCACUACAUACACCAUGAAAAGUCCUGCUGAAAUGUUAUGUUGUGGUUGUGUAAAGAAGAUGAAUGUGUUGCCGGGGAAAUCUUUUGAACAAGUUAAUAUAAUGGCAGAUGGCACUUACUGUACACUCAAACAUAGUAGGCAUGCUGAGGGUUUAAUAUUUUGUUAUUAGUAACAAAAGUAGUGCACUGGGAAUUUACUAGACUUGUAUUAGUCGACUGAUAAAGCCGUCUGUAGCGCGGGCUAAGGAAUCUGCACUCAAAUCAUACUGUACACUCAAAUGAAAUACAAACGGAAAAUUGUACAAAAAAACAUUGGCGGUCGAAAAAAACACCACCGGUCAUGCAGACUCACAGUAACUUAUUGAUGAGUGUCCCAUCCCACAAAACAAUAAUAUCAACACACCUCAAACAGAAUGCUGGAAGAUCCUGCCCAAAAACACAGAAUAAGCCUAUAUAAUAUGUAAAUAGAUAUGUACAGCUGUAUUGAAAAUGUAGCAAUUAUUUCCACUUUCAUACUUGUAAUCAAUAAAUAUAAUGUAGCAUAUAAUGUAUAAAUGUAUUUGUUCAUAUAUUUUUUUUAAAACUUUUUUUUAAUUGGGUACUUAAUCUGUUGCAACUGGUCCACACAGACAUUACUGUACGCUUUUACCAAUACAUGACAAGCCCUCAAGACAGUCUCACAAUUGUUGUAUCAUAUUUAUGCAAGAUUCCCUUUAAGCAGUACAUACAGUUGUGGUAUUUAUGCCCUUUUCUACAUACAUUGUAUUUAUGUACAGGUUUGAACAACUCAGUUUGACCAUUUGUUUGGACAUUUUCUGAAAUACUUUGCUGCUAUCUCAAACUACUACUAGCUACUGUUGUUGUUUAUUGAAUUACAAUGGCAUUUGUGACCAUAUCUAACAUUACUACUCUUGUGCUUAUUGUGACAUACUUUUAAUUGAUUUACUGAAAACCAUGUGAGAUGAAGUUUGUACUGUGAAGAGUCAAUCUCUCUGUACUUGUAUUCUGGCACUUGAAUGUCUCCUGGUUGAUGUUGUUGUUUUACUAGUUAGCACCAACCUGUACAGUUCCAGUGCCACCCUGUGAAAAAGUAUCCAAAAUGUUCAAGUGACAUUGCACCAAUGUUACCGAGAUACUGCUUCACUUUUUGCUACUCAAGGUUAUUAUCACCCAUUGGUCUAUAAUUUCAACUAAACAAACAGAGAUGAGGACCAUGUUGAGGGAGAGAGGGGAAGUGCAAUGCAUUCCUUACAUUGAAAACGUCAGAGUUUGGAUUCUAUCCCAAACCCAUUGAUAAGUGUGCCCAAUUGUAUUUCAGAUAUACCAAGUAGUCAUCUUUUUAAACAUUUAUUACAACAAUUGAUAACUUAGGCAUCAUUUACAAACUAGUUUACAGAAGCUGUCAGCUUUGCGUGUCGCCUAAAACAGUGGCCAUUAUAUGAGUGCCAUACUAUAUUGAUAUGGUAAGAUACGGUGUACCUUGGAAAUCACUGUAGUGCUAUAUUCACAUUGAUAUUGUCAUUAAAUCAGUUUUAUAUAAUGAACAGGAUUUUUUGCAUGUCUUUAUGUUUCAUUUCAUGACAAACAGAAGCAAACAAAUAUGAUCUAUUUGCUUUAUCUCUUCACAUCUCUUAUGUAUCACGUUCAAUAGCAUUGGUACGAUAAGUGGUGGUGAAUGUAGAACAUUGUCUCUGGUUAAAACAUUGCAGACAGACAGAAUGCACUCUAACAGGAUUCUGCUGCAAGGCUUUGAACCCGGUGACACCGCCCAGACACAGACAUGUUGUAAUGUCUUAGAUCUCCAAGUGAGGGCACCAUUCACAUCCACUGUACCAGUUACUAUUCUCUCUCUGAGAUUCAUGUACCUAUCAUUUCAGUAUAUUUACACACACGCACACAGACACACACAGACACACACACACUGAGAUGCGAAUGAAUGCUGGUGGCACAUCCUAUGGCACCAGAAGUACAGCAGAGUAAUCUAACAGCCUUUAGACUUGACCUCUGCACUGCUAUGAGACUGACUGGCAGACCAGACGCCACACAAUGCAUCAAUUUAGCUAAGGCAGUGAGCUACAUUCCCUAUAUUAUAGACAUCAGUUGCCAGUUGUGUGCAAAUAAGCAUCAUAUUGAUAUUGUGUGAGCCAGCACCAUAUGGUCCUCCCUCCUUUUCCUCCUUCCCUCAUGACAGCCGGGUUUAGAGGACUGCAUGGGGUUUAGAGGACUGCAACAUAAUUAAUAAAUCCUCAGAGGAAUCUGCAUUAUUCAACAGUGUGGGUUUCAGGGAGGGGAUGCUGAGGGGUAGACAUUUUGUUUAGAUGGAUGUUAUCAUAUGAGCUAUGUUCAAGAGCCUAAUUCAUGAGCAGCACCACUGUCUUCACACACAUGUAUGAGCUGCAUGAGGAAUCCCAAGAGCUUAUAUCAUUUGCUGGAAUGCUUUUCACUCAAAUCCUUGCUCUGCCAUUAAGCGAGCAACACAGGUUGUAGCUCGCAUAUGAUUGGUUAGAGAGGCAAGCUGGUUGGCUGCUGGUGUUCUCUGGUGAGAGGGGAGGAGG